AUGCGGAGAGUCGCUGCCAAGCCGCUCUCGACCCCGGUCCUCAGAGCGUCAUUGCCGGUGCCCUGGGCCUUGCCAAAAACAUCAGCACCUGCCAUAUCCGCCAUUCCUCUUGUCGCAACCAGGUGCCAGCGCGAGGUGAUGCUCGCAUUGACUCGCCAAUCAGGCACAUCGCUCUUCUGUGUCUCGACCUCUCGACGACUUUGCCAUUCCACCAACCGUCGCGCCUUCUCCGCCAUCCGCCACGCUCCCAGGCAAUUUUCCAUCCCGAAACUAAACCGCCUCGGCCCCAAUUCCAAACGUCCUUCAACACGCAAACAUGGCGGCCCAUUCAGAAACGAUGGAAAGAAGCUCAAGUUUCUCGACGUCCUAAGAGAGCAGCUCGGCAAUCUCAAGCUCGAAUUGCACGCCACUCCCAUAGGCCAGAAACUCGACCAAGACGGCAAAUUCAGAGAUACAUGGUCUGUCUUCACAGAAGCCAUCGUCGCAACCAACGAUCCAAGUUCCACCCACCCCAGAAAUGAACAUCAAGCUCUGCGAGAUUCUUGGUUCGAAAGAGGCUACAAUGGCUUGCAGGAUCGCAUCAAAUAUGCCUUUUACAAUCAUGUCACUUCGCAACAAUUCACCGCCUCGGAUAUUCGCAACCAAAAGGCCCUUGCCGAUUUGCGCUAUCCCACAGAAUGGUAUCCCGCCACUCGCAUCAUCCACCGUACCAUCCACCUUCACGUCGGUCCAACAAACUCUGGCAAGACAUAUCAUGCUCUACAGCGUCUGGAACAGGCCGAAACUGGUGUCUACGCCGGUCCCCUGCGUCUGCUUGCUCAUGAAGUCUAUACUAGACUCAAUGCAAAGGGCAAGCAGUGCAUGCUCGUGACUGGUGAAGAAAAACGUGCUCCCGACGACGAGUCCCUGGCUGCCGACAUAACCAGCUGUACCGUCGAAAUGAUGCCCCUCAACAAAGACGUCGACGUUGCCGUCAUUGACGAGAUUCAAAUGAUAGGUAGCGCCGAUAGAGGCUGGGCUUGGACACAGGCUGUGCUGGGUGUAAAGGCUCGUGAAGUCCACUUGUGCGGCGAGACCCGAACCGUUCCAUUGAUACGUGAAUUGUGCGCCUCUCUAGGUGAGAAGCUUGUCGUCCACGAGUACGAGCGUCUGAGUCCUCUGCAGAUGGCGGACAAAAGUUUGCAGGGGAACCUCAANAAGCUUCGAAAAGGUGAUUGUAUCGUCAGCUUCAGCGUCAUGGGUAUCCACGCGCUACGCAAGCAGAUUGAACAGUCUACAGGAAGAAAGGUAGCGACGGUAUAUGGUAGCUUGCCACCAGAGACUAGAGCUCAACAAGCACGUCUUUUCAAUGACCCCGACAACGACUACGACUUUUUGGUCGCUAGUGAUGCUAUUGGUAUGGGUCUUAACCUGAGCAUCAAACGCGUCAUCUUCGAGUCGUCGUCCAAAUUCGAUGGAUUCCGUCAAAGAACUCUGGUUGUUCCAGACAUCAAACAAAUUGCUGGACGCGCCGGUCGUUUCAAGAGUGCUUAUCAGGCAAACAAAGCUNNUCAGAGGAGGCGGCUGCUCAAGCUCUUGCAGAGGCAAAAGGCGAGUCGGAACCCGGAAAGGAGGCCUUCACUGAAGAGGCUACGACACCUUCAGAUGCGUCUUCACAAGCCUCAGCAUCUGGACUUUGAUUUUCCCGUCAUUGCGAAGGCCAUGAAGCAAGAGCCCGAGCCCAUUCGUUCUGCAGGAAUCUUCCCUCCUGCGCCCAUUGUCGAACGUUUUGCUUCAUACUUCCCUCCUGGCACACCAUUUUCAUACAUCCUUAUGCGACUACAUGAGCUAUCCCAAAUGCAUUCGAGGUUUCAUCUCUGUGGCCUAAGAGAUCAGCUCUGGAUUGCUGAUUUGAUUGAGCCUGUCCAGGGGUUGACGGUCACGGAUCGAAAUAUUCUCUGUGCUUGUCCAGCAUCCAAGUCUGACAAGGAUUUGAUCAGCAAACUUAUGCCAGCUCUGGCACGUUGCAUAGAACAGCAAGGUGGCGGUGCUCUCUACGACAUUGAAGAAAUGCCUCUCGAGGUUCUGGAACUGGAAAUGUCGGCAAACAGAGAUUACCUACGGCAACUUGAGCAACUACACAAGGCCAUUGUUGCCUAUUUGUGGCUUAGUUACAGAUUCGCAGGAAUCUUCUCUACGCGUCCCUUGGCUUUUCAUGUCAAGGGACUCGUAGAAGAANNAAAGAUCGAACAUGUUCUUCACCAAUUCUCUUUUACAGAGGGACAGAGAAGAAAGAUCAAAGCUGCACGAGAGAAAUCGUUGAUGGCAGAUUCCCUCAGAGAGUCUAUGUUGACUGAUGAAGAAGGCGGCCAUGAAGCAGUUACAGAACUUGACCAACAGACUAGCGUCACUGCUGGAGGUGAUCAGUUUUCGGGAGAAACUGAUAUCGAAAUCAUGGACGCGGCCGAGUGGACUGCGAGUGGAGAGUCUGCCACGAGUCAAGAGAGUAUGAACUCGGACGCGGCUCGAGACGUGGCCUCUCGAACAGCAAACCAUGACGAUGUGCAAACAACGCAAAACUUAGUAGGCUCUGUGGAGAAUAAAGAGAAGACGCAGAAGCGCGAAGAGUAG